AUGAAAUAUGUAGCAGGUCAGAUGGAACCAUUACCAGCAAUGGACCUGAUUUGGGAGUUGGCAUUGCCAGAAGGGGCGGACCGUGACCAUCCAUAUAGUAAUCCAAUGGUGGAUGGACCACACAAGAGCAAGCUUAGGUCAUUGCAACGAUGCUUAGUCUUUGGUUUUGGUAUGGACUCGUUGGUAGACAGGCAACAAGAACCCGUGCAAACGCUGGUAAUUCAUGGGGUGAAAGAUGAAGCUUGCUUUGACAAAUCUGGGUUUCGUAGGUUGGACAUUGUGGAUUUUAAAGGAUCUACCAUACUUAAUGAAAUCGCUAAAGAUUUUAUCAAUUCUUGA